AUAUGAGAAUGAGAUCAAUUCUCUGAGUAUUCAUGUGCAAAAGAAUGAAGAAUUAGACUGAGUGCAAAAACUACCGCAAACGUUCAAAAAUUCAUGCAAAUGUUCCAGACAUUUGAGAUGUGCUAAAGUUUAUUGACUCGAAACAUCUGUUAUAUCGAUCAUAAUCAGCAUCGUAACACAAAUGUGGUUUGAUUUUCUCAGAUUGUCAUUUGCUGAGUUAUCCAUUACUUAGAAAGGAAUUGAAUUAAAAUUUUUGUAUUAUGUUAUAAGAAAUGGCUACGAACAAUCCAAAGGUUGUCUUCAAGAUCUUGAUAUUAGGAGAUGCAAUGGUAGGCAAAAGCUGUGUACUUCAACGGUAUGCAGAUGACCGCUUUUCAGAUACUGUUGCACCAACUAUUGGUGUAGAUUACAGACCAGUAUACAGAGAAUUUAGAAAUCAGCUGACAAAACUUAUGAUUUGGGACACAGCGGGAACAGAAAAGUUCAAAUCUAUAACAAAAUCGUUCUAUCAUGGAGCACACGGAGCUCUGGUAGUGUAUGACGUGACGCAAAAGGACACUCUUUAUGCUUUGCCCAAAUGGAUUGCAGAAUUAAAACAUAUAUGUGGUGGUAUCCCUAUUGUCAUAGUUGGGAAUAAAUGUGACUUCAAGGCAAAAGACAAAGUAUCCGAGGAAGACAUCGCAUCUUUCAUAGAAGAAUUAGGAUAUACAGAUAGGCAUUUUCUAAUCAGUGCUUGCACAGGAGAGAACGUUGAGCAGGCUUUCUCAGCUUUAAUCAAUAUAUUAAUGGAUGAAACUCACAUUAUUACCGACUCAUAUACAGUGAGAAUUUCUUCUAAGAACAGACAUACAGAAAAACGCUGUGCUUGUUGAAACUUUUGACUUUGCAAUGGAUUGCAAUGAACGCUACAGAUCUGCAUUAAGAAUGUUCAAGAACCUUAACAAAUGUCCUAUUAAAAAAAUUGAUUUUAGAUGUAUGCAUAUUUAAGUGAAAAAUCUAUUUAUUGUAUUGAAUGUAUUUUGUUUAAAUAUUUAAGUAAAAAAUCUCUUUAUUGUAUUGAAUGUAUUUUGUUUAAAUAUUUAAGUGAAAAAUCUCUUUAUUGUAUUGAAUGUAUUUUGUUUAAAUAUUUAAGUGAAAAAUCUCUUUAUUGUAUUGAAUGUAUUUUGUCU